AUGAAAGACAUGCCAUUAAGUAUUGAGGGACAAGUUGCUUUAGCAGCGACUGAGGACCCGGCUAGAACCACUAUCGUCCAGUGUAGUUCCAAUCUGAAUGCUGAGACUAGUGGUGAAUGGAUUACGCGGAAACGCAAAAGAGACGGAAAAAUACCCAAAGAAAGCGCGCGUAUAUUCGAUAAGUCAUCGUUGGACUCACGUCCUGCGCAUCAGGCAACUCCGCUCAAGUCCAAAUGUAAAAAAAUAUUUAAUACUGUUGUGGAUCGAAAUAGUCUAACUUCACCAAAUGUUGUUGUGAGUCACUCGCUCGACCCAUAUGACAUUGUUAUAAAGAAAGCUAACAGUAAGAAGCCGGUAGCUAACCGGUAG